GUCAUCGUUCAUGAGUUGUCUAGUGAAAAACUUGCUUUGAUCAGGUGUUUUGUUGUCAUUAGUGCCGCAAAGGAAAAUCUAAAUGGAAAUUGAGGGGCAAGUGUGUCGAACCUGCCUCAAGGCAGACGCCAAGCUCGUCCCGCUGGACGUGAAAUUUGAGAAUGAACUUCAAGGAAAGAAAAUGCUGGAAUUCCUCAUUGGAACCGAUGUCCUUGACUGUGAGGCUUUCUCAGGAAUUUGUGAACCCUGCAAGAGCACCCUCACUGUGUCCUGCAACUUCAAGCAGCAGUGCAUGGUGUCCAAUGAGAAGAUCAUUGAGUAUUUGCUGGAAAAGGAACGAAACCACAAUGCAAAAGAAGAGAAUUCCUCCCUCAAGGAUCCACUCAGUGAUGAUGAUGAUGAGAUUCCUGCAGAGCUUGUUGUCAAGGAAGAAUAUGAUGUAUUAAGCGCACCCAACGAAGGGACAGGACAUUUUGAACUCCCUCCCCUGGACCCCCUGGAAUUGCCCCAGUCCUCCGGAGGAAUUGAUGCCGCAAAGGGGGAUGAAGAGGAGAUCAAACUAAGAAGAUCAUCAAGAGUUGUUGAGAUGAAAUGCAACAUUUGUCAACUUGACUUUCAAAAUGUAGCAGCAUAUCAGAAGCACUACAUUCGGAAGCACCUAAUAACGAAGAACAAGAGGCGUUUAAAAGGACAUUCGCUCCAAUCUUCUGCAAAGAAGACUGAAAAGAAGAUCAAACCAAGAAGACCAAUAAGUGUUGAGAAAAAUUGUCGGAUUUGUCAGCUCCGCUUUCCAAAUAUAGAAGAAUAUUAUAAACACUACAAAUCGACGCACAAAAUAAGGAAGAUCAAAAAGCCACGAAUAUUUCCAAGCAGGAUAUUGCGGCCAGAAAAUGAGAGACACAAACGCUGUGACCUUUGUGCGAGGUCAUUUGUGGGUAUUAGUAGUUAUCAGGAUCACUUCAACAGUGAGCAUAUGGCAAUAUCAGAAAAGAGAUCCAGACCCUCUAAUGUGUUGAAUGGAUUGGCGGGAGACAAGACACAAUCAAACAGCGAUACCGACAACCCGGAACAAGAAGAGGAAGGAAGCAAAACAACCGAAUUUCCUGUUAGGCCUCAGAAACCAAAAUGUUGCCGUGAAUGCGACAUCUCCUUCCCAAAUGCCAGGGAAUACUAUGUUCACUACAAAGAGGAACAUGGUCACCUAGGUCCCUACAGGAGAAAGCGGAAAGGGUUGGUAAUCUCGAAAAAGGAAAAAGUUGCAUGUGAGAUAUGUGGAAAGUGCGUCUCCCGCACUUCCAUUGCAUCCCAUCAUCUUGUUCAUGUAAAGAAAAAUACGUGCUUCUGUGCCCUAUGUGGGCGUGGAUUUAAAGCUAAGAAAUAUCUCGAAAUUCACAUGAAGAUUCACACACAAGAGAAGAACUACACUUGCAAGUACUGCGAAAUGAGCUUCGUUCACAGCCAUACCCUCAAAGCGCACAUUCUCAAACUCCACGAGACCCACAAACAGUCCAAAGAGGUCUUCCAAUGCACAAUUUGUGAUAAAAAACUCAAACGGAAACAUUACAUGGAGUGUCACAUGCGAAGACAUCGUCGUGAUUUCCAACAUGAAUGUCCCACGUGCCAAAAGAAAUUUAUCACGAAUUAUGCAUUGAAAGAGCAUAUGGUAACUCACACAGGUGAGAAGAAUUACAUUUGUACAGUUUGUGGUAAAGGUUUUGGCACAAAGUCUACCCUAAACGUCCAUAUGCCCAUACAUACGGGAGAAAGGAACUACGUGUGCGACGUAUGCGACAAAUCCUUCACCCAGUCCCACGUCCUACGCACACAUUACCGUGUAGCUCAUCCGGAACAUCCAGCACCACCAGUUGGAACGCUCCUAAAGAAGAAUAGCAAGAGGAACUACUAGCUCUUUAAUUCCGUUUCGAAUACCCAAAACUCUUCUCAGAUCUCGCAAAAAGAUAAAAAUGAAAUUCAGGAGGAUGAAGAAAAAGUCUACAGAAGUUGGCAGCUGAAGUUAUUUUUCGCAACUGUCUUUACUAAAUAGCAAGAAAAUAAAUGAAUUACUUUAAUUUUCUGGAAUAA